AUGAUUACUGCCGCAGAUGUUCUUUUCAUGGGGUUCGCGUUCCUCCUGCUUUUGCGUAAUUCGAUAUCGAAUAACCUCACGUUCUCCACAACGUCCCGAUUCUUCUCAUCCACGGAUCGAUCUUUGCUUCAAAUAAUGUGGAAAGGUACUCAACGCGUAACUAAAUAUGACGAGAUGAUUGGGAAAUCGGUUGAAAACAAUUCGGAGCUGAAAGAUAGAGUAGCGACAGUUGAAAUUGCCGGCCAAUCAACUUCUCAACGUUGCUUCGCUACUGUAUCACUAUGCCCAACUACAGGCUGUUGGCGACUUUCGAAUACUGUUCCUGAUGUGAAUUUUGCAGGAAACAACCUUGAUAUCAAGUUGUCGCGAAACUCGGUUGGGGUACUAGUUCAACUGUGUGGCUGGCACAAGAUUUACAUCAUCAAGGUCAGCGCAAACAAUUACGCGGAUAAAAAGUCUGCUGAAACGGAAUUACAUAUCACAGAACAUAUUACGAGAGCAAAUCCCCAGCAUGUUGGCCAUGACUUUACCAAAGGGAUAGGAAGACCAGUAAUUACUGAUUUUGGUCUUGCUGUACGUGGGGAUGUGCCUCACCUGUAUUACCAUACCAUUCAGGCAGAUGACUAUCGAGCACCAGAAAUUAUCCUCACUGCAGGUUGGAGCUACAGUGCAGAUAUAUGGAAUCUUGGAGUUCUGUUAUGGGACUUGCUCGAAAAGGAUGGUGGCUUUGGGGCGCUCAGUCCGGGCAACAUGGAGUAUACGAGCGAAAGGCAUCUGGCGCAUAUGAUCGCACUAUUGGGACCACCGCCGAAAAAGCUUCUCGACCAAGGUCACGAGACUACAAAGUAUUUUGAUCAUGAUGGCGCAUUCCGAUAUCCAGAACUGAUCCCAGAAAAUGUCUCCCUGGUAGAUUCUCUAAAUCAGAUCAAAGACGAAGACAAAAUAUCUUUCCUGGCUUUUAUCAUGAGAAUGCUACGAUGGCAGCCAGAGGAGCGCAGCAGUGCAAAAGACUUGCUCGCUGACCCAUGGCUGAGAGCUAACCACUGA